UGCAAAUGACGUGAUUUUUUUACGGAGCGUGCGUAUUACGACCAGCUGAGAGCAAUGACUAAUCCUAUCCGGUGGUGGUGUUGAGACUCUCACUCUUGAGAAACUGGCUGUCAAAACAUUCCACAAAAUAUCCACAAAAAUAAAUCCGCAAAAAUGACGACGUCGCACCCCUUCACCGUCUGCGAGAUAUCCACCGAGUUACAAACCCUGCUCAAGGACUUUCGCUUCCGGAAAUCCGGAAACAAGCUCGACGCCGUGAUCAUGAAAGUGAACAAGGAAACCCGUGAAAUAAUCCUCGACGAGGAGUUGGAGGACACCACGAUGGCCUCUCUCCUGGACUCCCUCCCCGACCACCAACCCCGCUUCGUCCUCUUAUCAUACGAAUUACGCAUCGAUUCAGAGUCCCGAACGUCAUUUCCUCUCGUGUUCAUCUUCAUCAGCCCAAGGGAUGCCAAUCCAGAGUUGCAGAUGAUGUACGCCGGGAGCAAGUUGUGUCUCCAACGGGUCGUUGACUGUGGGGGGAAGGUGUUCGAGAUCAGGGAGUUGGAGGAAUUGAGUGAAGACUGGCUCAAGGGGAAGCUCCUGGCGACGUGAUUUAGUUUGUGUGUUUUUGUAUGUGGAGUUUUGUACAUGGGAAUAAAGCGUGUAUAUAUUAUUGA